UUUUUCAAUAAUUUCCUCCGGUGCAGCUGAGGAGGAGUCGUGACUGCCGAACGCGGGGACCCGUAGCGAAGGUUGGGCCGGAGGCCGCCGGGCGGCGCAGCGGUGUGCGUGGGAGUUCCGUGUCCCUGCGUCCCGUUGCAUGGCCCUCGCGCGGCCGCGCCAGCACUGAGGGAGCCGAGUUCGCGCCGCCCUCUCACCCCUCCCCUCCCCCACCCCACCCCCGGGAGCCAGGCGCUCGCUCCGGGCCGCGGGGCCUAGUGUUGCGCCGCGGGCUCGCCGAGGAGCCGCCGCCUUCCGGGCCGCCGCCGCCGCCGCCGCGAUGGCGCCGCUCCUGGGCCGCAAGCCCUUCCCGCUGGUGAAGCCGCUUCCCGGCGAGGAGCCGCUCUUCACCAUCGCGCACACUCAGGAGGCUUUCCGCACCCGGGAAGAGUAUGAGGCCCGCCUGGAAAGGUACAGUGAGCGCAUUUGGACCUGUAAGAGUACCGGAAGCAGUCAGCUAACACACAAGGAAGCCUGGGAGGAGGAACAGGAAGUUGCUGAACUUUUGAAGGAAGAGUUCCCUGCCUGGUACGAGAAACUUGUUCUGGAAAUGGUUCACCAUAACACAGCCUCUCUAGAGAAGUUAGUAGAUACUGCUUGGUUGGAGAUCAUGACCAAAUAUGCUGUGGGAGAAGAGUGUGAUUUUGAGGUUGGGAAGGAAAAAAUGCUCAAGGUGAGGAUUGUGAAGAUUCAUCCUUUGGAGAAAGUGGAUGAAGAGGCCACUGAGAAGAAAUCAGACGGUGCCUGUGAUUCUCCCUCAAGUGACAAAGAGAAUUCUAGCCAAAUUGCUCAGGAUCAUCAGAAGAAGGAGCCAAUUGUAAAAGAGGAUGAAGGAAGGAGAGAGAGUAUUAAUGACAGAGCACGUAGAUCUCCACGAAAACUCCCUACUUCGUUAAAAAAAGGAGAAAGGAAAUGGGCUCCGCCAAAAUUUCUGCCUCACAAAUAUGAUGUGAAAUUACAAAAUGAAGAUAAGAUCAUCAGUAAUGUGCCAGCAGACAGCUUGAUUCGUACAGAACGCCCACCAAAUAAGGAGAUACUUCGAUACUUUAUACGGCAUAACGCAUUACGGGCUGGUACUGGUGAAAAUGCACCAUGGGUGGUAGAAGACGAAUUGGUGAAGAAAUAUUCCCUGCCUAGCAAGUUCAGUGACUUUUUACUUGAUCCAUACAAGUACAUGACUCUCAACCCUUCUACUAAGAGGAAGAAUACUGGAUCCCCAGAUAGGAAGCCUUCAAAAAAAUCCAAGACAGACAACUCUUCUCUGAGUUCACCACUAAAUCCCAAGUUAUGGUGUCACGUACAUUUGAAGAAAUCCUUGAAUGGCUCACCACUCAAAGUGAAGAACUCAAAGAAUUCCAAGUCUCCAGAAGAACAUCUGGAAGAAGUGAUGAAGAUGAUGUCACCCAACAAGCUACACGCCAACUUUCACAUUCCUAAGAAAGGCCCACCUGCCAAGAAAUCAGGGAAGCAUAGUGACAAACCUUUGAAAGUGAAGGGUAGAAGCAAAGGCAUCCUUAAUGGACAGAAAUCCACAGGUAAUUCCAAAUCUCCUAAAAAGGGCUUGAAGACUCCUAAAACCAAAAUGAAGCAGAUGACUUUGUUGGAUAUGGCCAAAGGCACUCAGAAGAUGACCCGAGCCCCACGGAAUUCUGGGGGUACACCCAGGUCUUCUAGUAAACCCCAUAAACAUCUGCCUCCUGCUGCCCUACACCUUAUUGCCUACUACAAAGAAAACAAAGACAGGGAGGACAAGAAGAGUGCCCUGUCCUGUGUUAUCUCCAAAACAGCUCGUCUGCUCUCCAGUGAAGACAGAGCUCGUCUCCCAGAAGAGCUGCGAAGUAUUGUUCAAAAACGCUUCGAGCUUCUAGAACAUAAAAAGCGGUGGGCCUCUAUGUCUGAAGAGCAGCGCAAAGAAUAUUUGAAAAAGAAACGAGAGGAGCUGAAAGAAAAGUUGAAGGAGAAAGCCAAGGAGAGGAGAGAGAAAGAAAUGCUUGAGAAACUAGAAAAGCAGAAGAGGUACGAGGACCAAGAGUUAACUGGCAAAAGCCUUCCGGCGUUUAGGUUGGUGGAUACCCCCGAAGGGCUGCCCAACACACUGUUUGGGGACGUGGCCAUGGUGGUGGAGUUCCUGAGCUGUUACUCUGGGCUCCUCUUACCAGAUGCUCAGUAUCCUAUUACUGCUGUGUCCCUCAUGGAAGCCUUGAGUGCAGAAAAAGGUGGCUUUUUAUAUCUGAAUAGAGUGUUGGUCAUCCUCUUACAGACCUUAUUGCAAGAUGAAAUAGCAGAAGACUAUGGUGAAUUGGGAAUGAAGCUGUCAGAAAUCCCUCUGACCCUACAUUCUGUCUCGGAGCUGGUGCGGCUCUGCUUGCGCAAAUCUGACGUUCAGGAAGAAAGCGAGGGCUCAGACACGGACGACAAUAAAGAUUCAGCACCAUUUGAGGAUAAUGAAGUACAAGAUGAGUUCCUAGAGAAGCUGGAGACCUCGGAGUUUUUUGAACUGACAUCAGAAGAGAAGCUCCAGAUCUUGACGGCCCUCUGCCACCGCAUCCUCAUGACGUACUCGGUGCAAGACCACGUGGAAACCAGACAGCAGAUGUCUGCAGAGUUGUGGAAAGAGCGGCUUGCUGUACUGAAGGAGGAGAAUGAUAAGAAGAGAGCAGAGAAACAGAAAAGGAAAGAAAUGGAAGCCAGAAACAAGGAAAAUGGAAAAGAGGAGAAUGGGCUGGGCAAAACUGAUAGGAAAAAAGAGGUUGUGAAGUUUGAACCCCAGGUAGAUGUGGGAGCUGAAGACAUGAUUAGCGCGGUGAAGAGCAGGCGGCUGCUCGCCAUCCAGGCCAAGAAGGAGCGGGAGAUCCAGGAGAGAGAAAUGAAAGUGAAACUAGAACGUGAAGCUGAAGAAGAACGAAUACGAAAGCACAAAGCAGCUGCCGAGAAGGCUUUCCAGGAAGGAAUUGCCAAGGCAAAGCUGGUCAUGCGCAGGACUCCUAUUGGUACAGAUCGAAACCAUAACAGGUACUGGCUCUUCUCAGAUGAAGUUCCAGGAUUGUUCAUUGAAAAAGGCUGGGUACAUGACAGCAUCGACUACCGAUUCAAUCACCGCAAAGACCGUGCGGACUCUCCUGAUGAGGAUUACUGUCCCCGAAGUAAGAAAGCAAACCUAGGCAAAAACGUAAGCAUGAACGUACAACCUGGCCCAUCAGCAGAAGUUGCUGUGGAGACCACCAUACCCAAACAAGGACAGAAUCUAUGGUUUUUAUGUGAUAGUCAGAAGGAACUGGAUGAGUUGCUAAACUGCCUUCACCCUCAGGGAAUAAGAGAAAGUCAGCUUAAAGAGAGACUGGAGAAGAGGUACCAGGACAUUAUUCAUUCUAUUCAUCUGGCCCGGAAGCCAAAUUUGGGUCUAAAAUCCUGUGAUGGCAACCAGGAGCUUUUAAACUUUCUUCGUAGUGAUCUCAUUGAAGUUGCAACAAGGUUACAAAAGGGGGGACUUGGUUACGUGGAAGAAACAUCAGAAUUUGAAGCUCGGGUGAUCUCAUUAGAGAAACUGAAGGAUUUUGGUGAGUGUGUGAUUGCCCUACAAGCCAGUGUCAUAAAGAAGUUUCUCCAAGGCUUCAUGGCUCCCAAACAAAAGAGAAGAAAACUCCAAAGCGAAGAUUCAGCAAAGACAGAAGAGGUGGAUGAAGAGAAGAAAAUGGCAGAGGAAGCAAAGGUUGCGUCUGCUCUGGAGAAAUGGAAGACAGCAAUCCGUGAAGCUCAGACUUUUUCCAGAAUGCAUGUUCUACUUGGGAUGCUUGAUGCCUGUAUCAAGUGGGAUAUGUCAGCAGAAAAUGCUAGAUGCAAAGUUUGUCGAAAGAAAGGUGAGGAUGACAAACUGAUCUUGUGUGAUGAAUGUAACAAAGCCUUCCACCUGUUUUGUCUGAGGCCAGCCCUCUAUGAGGUGCCAGAUGGUGAGUGGCAGUGCCCCGCUUGCCAGCCUGCUACUGCCAGGCGCAACUCCCGUGGCAGGAAUUACACUGAAGAGUCUGCCUCUGAGGACAGUGAAGAUGAUGAGAGCAAUGAAGAGGAGGAAGAGGAGGAGGAGGAGGAGGAGGAGGAAGAAGAUUAUGAGGUGGCUGGUUUGCGAUUGAGACCUCGAAAGACUGUCCGGGGCAAGCAUGGUGUCAUCCCUCCUGCAGCGAGGCCAGGACGACGGCCAGGCAAGAAGCCUCAUCCUGCGAGGAAGUCUCGGCCGAAGGUACCACCUGUGGACGACGCUGAGGUGGAGGAGCUGGUACUCCAGACCAAGCGGAGCUCCCGGAGGCAAAGCCUGGAGUUGCAGAAGUGUGAAGAGAUCCUCCACAAGAUCGUGAAGUACCGCUUCAGCUGGCCUUUCAGGGAGCCCGUGACCAGAGACGAGGCCGAGGAUUACUAUGAUGUCAUCACCCACCCCAUGGACUUCCAGACAAUGCAGAACAAAUGUUCCUGUGGGAGCUACCGCUCUGUGCAGGAGUUUCUUACUGACAUGAAGCAAGUGUUUACCAAUGCUGAGCUCUACAACUGCCGGGGCAGCCAUGUGCUAAACUGUAUGGUGAAGACAGAACAGUGUCUGGUGGCUCUGUUGCAUAAACACCUUCCUGGCCACCCAUAUGUCCGCAGGAAACGCAAGAAGUUUCCCGAUCGGCUUGCUGAAGAUGAAGGGGACAGUGAGUCAGAGCCCAUUGGACAGUCCAGGGGACGAAGGCAGAAGAAAUAGGCAGGGCCCUGGUGACGCUAUCAGUGAGUGCCACACCACGUUCUGUAUUCACCAGCAUCAUGAGACACUUGUGCUCCUUUGAGUUGCUCUUGGCAGAGUAAAGGGACACAUCCCGGAGCCAUUCCUGAAUCUAACCCCUCCCCCUCUUUGUGAUCGCUCUCUCCCUGCUCCCACCCCACCCCACCUCACCCCCUCAGAAAAAAAAAAAAAAAAAAAAAAAAAAAACCUUAAAAAAAAAAAACUAAAAAAACCCCCACAAAAAACCUAAGGCACUUCACUUAGAGACUGGAGUCCUGCUUAUAAUCAUGCGUAUAACCUUUACUUCGAUGGGUCUGGCCAGACGGGUGUUGGAGCCCAGCCCACCCACGUACCAGACAAGCUCUUAGGGGAGAAGAAAAGCAGGAAGAAUUUAAAUGUUUAAUUUUUUUUAAUUGACUUUUCUAGUUAUUAAAAGUUGCUUGUUUCAGCAGUGAUAUUGUAUAAAGAACAUCUUGUAAGAUAUUUCUGUCAUCUUGCUUUGGCACAUGUACAGUACAGUUUAUAUGAUAACGUGUUCGCUUUACUUUGCCCCGUCUCCUCCCUCAGCCCAUCCUCUCUCCUUCAGAGAAGCCGGGCUGGAGGGUCAUCAGGGCAGGUGGUGGGACCUGCGGGGGAAGGGCUGUCCCUCUGCCUGCCCCGACCGCCGAUUCUGCCGCCUCCAUCUACAGCCGCCACCUCCCGCCUCCCCCCACCGUGUCCCCACGAAGCUGAAUCUUGCCGGUCCGCCAGCUGCGUGUCGGGUGGGAGUGGGGGGGUGUGGAGGAGCUCUGCCGGCCCUUCCGCAAGGAGUCUGGCGUUAGUGGCUCUGGUUGGGCAGGACUUCCUAGUCUUCUUUCCCUUUUAUGGCAGAUUUUGAUAAAAUGCAAAACAGGGUUUAAUUUUCUUUUCUACCAGCUUUGAAUUUAGCAAAUGUGAGCACCUCAGCUCUUCUGUAACUAUUUAAGUUAAGGGAAAACAUGUCCACCAAGGGGAUUGCAGCUCCUAGAACUUGAGAAUAAAGCCUCUUAAUACUGAAUUUCAAGGUGUGUUCCCUGUCUCGCCCCGCCUACCCUGCCCAGAGACUGGGGGGGAUUUGCUCCAGUGGCUGCUGGAUAGGUUUACUGUCCCUUCUCCCACAGGUUCGGAGUUAGCACUGACGGAGUUAGCACUGACGCUACAGUUCCGUGAUCCCAGCCACCAACACCUCCCCCUGCCUCUUACCCUAGAGCCAGUCUGUUCUUGUUAACAGUGAGAAUCCUGUGUUCCCACUUCAGUGACACCUGAAUUGUUUGUUGUUUUUUUUUUUUUAAUUGUCUUUAAGGAGGAAGGGCCCCGUUCAAGGGUAAACUUGUAAUAAAUUGGAAUUUCAAAUAAACAUUAUGUACUUGUGUUUAUAAAGAA